AAUCUUCCGGGAAAAGUGUAUGGUCACCAACAUUUGUUGUCAGAGGACAUGAAUUUGACUCAGUCUCUCAGGAAAACGUGUUCCUGUUUGACUUUGGUGCCAUCUGAUAUAAAUAAAAUCAAAUGGGUUUCCUUUUCUUUUCAGCUACAAUAGUCAACGGACUAAGUCAUAUAGUUGCAACAUCAAAUGUCCAUUCCUUUAAUCAUUUGCAAACUUUUGUCUCCUACUUUUCAAAUCUCUUUCAGGCAGUAAGGAUGGAAAAGAGGGCAGAUCUUAGGUCAAUUCUUCAGUAUUUGCCUCUUGUAGCUCAGUCUUCAUCGCUAGUUUGGCCGCCUUCUGUUGAAGAAGAGCUCCAAACAAUAUCUAGAGGACCGAGUGAUUCAAAGGUUAACUCGGGAGAAGCUCUUACCUUGCAUAUCAGGAAUAUGCGGAAAUCCCUCUCCUUGAAUGCUAAUGAUCUCACACCUUAUGCGUUACAAGGGUAUGCUCUUUUCUUUGACAAGAAAAUUUCCAGAGAAGAGUCAGCCAACUUUUUUGGUGCGGUGGUGCCUGCAUUGUGUGGAUUACUUCUCCAAUUACCUUCCAUGUUAGAAAAACAUUAUCAGAAGGCAGAUCAUGUUCUUGAUGGUAUUGCGUCCGGGCUUCGUCUAUUAGGCCCUCAAGAAGCUGGAAUUGUGUUACUUAGCCAGGAUUUGAUUGCUGCUCUUCUUGCAUGUUCAUUCUUUUGUUUGUUCCCUGAAUUUGAUAGACGCUUAAAGAAUCUUCAAGGAAUCAACUUCGAUGCAUUGUUUUCGUUUCCAUAUAUGCGUCAAUGCACGAAGCAAGAAAACAAAAUAAAGUGCCUUAUCCAUUACUUUAGAAGAAUAUGUCGAUGUAUGCCUACCGGCUUUGUUUCAUUUGAGAGAAAAAUUCUUCCGCUGGAAUACCAUCCUCACUUUGUUUCUUAUCCUGAGGCUGAUUCAUGGGCUAAUUCUGUCACCCCACUUUGCUCCAUUGAGGUUCACACCUCGGGAGCUGUAGAAGAUCAACCAGGUGAAGCUCUUGAAGUGGAUUUUGCAGAUGAGUAUUUUGGAGGACUUACUCUGAGUUAUGAUACUCUACAGGAAGAAAUAAGGUUUGUGAUCAACCCAGAACUUAUCGCCGGCAUGAUCUUUUUGCCUCGUAUGGAUGCAAAUGAAGCAAUUGAAAUUGUAGAAAGCUCUAAGAGAUGGUGUAUCGAUCAUGAAGAGAAGAAGAUUGGUGUAGCUACAGGGAACUGGGGAUGCGGUGUGUUUGGAGGUGAUCCAGAACUAAAGGUCAUGCUUCAGUGGCUUGCCAUUUCACAGUCGGGAAGGCCAUUCAUGUCAUACUACACAUUUGGCCUCCAAGCCCUGCAAAAUCUCAAUCAGGUGACCGAAAGGAUCACUUUGGAAGAAAUGACUGUAGGAGACCUAUGGAAAAAGCUAGUUGAGUAUUCUUCAGAACGGCUCAGCAGAAAAACAUGGCUUGGCUUUUUCUCGUGGCUCAUAACCUCACUGUCUACCUAAGUACCUAGAGGGCCAAUUGAGCCAAAGUUAUAUUGUAUGUUCUUUUCUGAAUUAUGUGAGAUAUAUCCAUGCGCCUGUGUCUGUUUCUGACAUCUGAAGUCUAAUAAUACCCCAGUAAAUAAAGCCUCUUACUAUGUAAUUUGUUUGUAAUCCCGAUCUUAUAUCUGCUUAUAGUUUAUACACACAACUGGUUUUAUCA